AUGGCGGCAUCAGUGACUUCAGUGUUGUUGGUUCACUAUGAAUGGGGCAAGCUUAUUGUUGGUGGAUUAAAGACCUGGGAAAUACGUGGCUUUAGAAGCAGCAAAGUUUCUCAACGCAUUGGCAUAGCAUGCAAUGCAAAAACAUCGCCUACAGGACGCCCCCUUCUUCUUGGAGAGGUGUACUUCAAUGCUUGCUUUGUGGUUGCCGAGAACAAGCUUGGAUUCGUAGCGCCUUCAACCGAUUUCCCAGAAAACUUCCUCCUCCUGCAAGUGCACAUUCCAAAACACCACAUUAAGACGGUUGAUGAUUUUCCUGCUUUGAAGACGUACAAGAUUGUGUAUGCGUGGGAGUUCAGUGAUGCUGUAGAGUAUGAGAAUCCGGUAUGGGAGCUGGCCAAAGCCUAUGGCAUUGGAAAGAACGAGUCCUUAGCAGUGGUUCAACUCUUGAACCAUGUGAUGCUGUUGAUCAAGCGCAUGACGCUAGACUGGGACAAACUCAACCCUGGGAUUCGCAAACCGUGGAAUGCCAAAGACACCAUUUGUCUUCACAGCGCGUGCGGCGGAUUCCUGCACUUCACCUCAGAGUUGCAGAAGAAAAUACCCAAAGCCGACUUUGAUGAGGUGCUUCCAGGUUUGAUUGAGCAGUUCAUGUCGGGUUUCCUGGAUGUGGAGAUCAAUCAGGUGCUUGAGACGUGUGCGCCUCCACUUCGCAUGGAUGAUGUGGGGUUUCUGAGGGGCGUUUUCCGGCAGAUUGAACAACGCCUUUGUCUAGAAGUUGAGCAGCGCGAUCGGGAACUCGCCGAGAAGGUGGCGUGGGCUACCUUAGCACAACUCCAACAAAAGCUGGACCAGGACAUGAAGCUCCUUUGUGAUCACCAUCAACCUUCCAAAGAAAAGGAUGCCCGAGACGCUGCCCUUGAUGUUCGGUAUUGUUUGGCCUUGAUGGACACAACCGUGUUCCCAUCGAAUGCCAAAGCUUUGACCAACUCCAUUCAGUGCAUGUCGACCAUUUUGGCUAUGAGCAACAAGCACCUUGGGCAUGUGCAACUCCCCAUUGCCCAAGCCAGCGCGAACACAACGGCGCUGAUCUCUCACCGAAGGAAGCUUGAAGAUGGUCUGGUGGGUUGCCGCCUUGACACGGCAAGUUCAGUUGUGCUUCAGUUUGCCAAACCAUCGGACUCAACGGCCUCCGAUCGACGAGGCGGUAUCCAGAAUGGCUAUGUUUUAGCCCAAGACCCCAAAGCAUGUUUGUGGGAGUAUCCACAAGUGAUUGGGCCUUUGAGUCUAGUGCGCGUAUCUGACAUGCUUGGCUACGACCCGGACAGCAGACCUAGUCCGAGCGCACGAGCAGAACAGAAAGGCCUUCCUGCGCAUAUUGCAAUCCUUGAGUCCUAUGCUGCUGGCAUCACCCUCAAGGAGAAGGAUGAACUUUUGAUUUUGGAUCUGCUUCCAAACAGGUGGUUGGAAUUUGGCCGCGCCGUGGUGAAGAUGAAGCAAGAGGGAAAGGCAACGAAUUGGCGCUACAUGGGGUUGAUCCGGGAACAGCACAAAGACAUGGUUCAACUUGUGGAAGAGUCCGUUUACACCGCCUGGGACUCGUCAAGCGCAGCUCCUCCCAAGAUCCGGCCACGAGAGGAAUCCGCAGACCCCACCUUGUGCAUUCUACUAUGGGAGAAUGGUGCGCCAAAGCUCCCCAGCUCCAUCUUGGAGAAGUUUCCUCGUGGAACGGAUCAAUACAACAAGAUCAUGGAGUAUGAGAAGGACCUCAAGCGGCUUUGGCCAGCAGCAAAUGAUGCUGCUGCGCUGCCACGCACCACAACAGCGUCCAGGGCUCCCAGUCGAGCUGCCGGUGUGCCAGACUUCUCCGGAACCAGGCUUUUGGAUUUGAACCGCGAGGUGGACCUGGUCACGAUCCCGUCAGCGAGCUUCUCAGAAGAACGGCUUGCACUAUGCCCUGGGAAACCAGGGAAACCUUCCAUUGUGAUCUCCAAGUCCUUCGGAAUCUUCCUUGGCAACUUGUCUGCUGAUGAGCUUGUGGUUCCAGCCGGCGAGCUCUUUGGCUUCAACGUUGGUGCGUUUCAAAUGCAGAUCAUUUGUACUGGACAGCACGAAACUGCUUUGCUCCCAUGGCGCUUGGAGAGUGAUAUGACGUUGGUCUCGUAUGAGAAGGAAUGCAUGCCGCUCUGCAGCUUCCUUUGCAAAAUGGCGAAAGAGAAGGGCAUUGCUGAGUUCGCGGUGUGGGACCACGAGAUUGAACCGCUUAUGCAGACCGUUACUGAGGAUGGCAAAGAGGUCAGCAUGCCAGUGCCCUACCGUUACAAUGUGCGCUCCACGGAGUCGCUCAAGCGCAACUGCUUCAAACCCAAUCCGCUGGGCUCCACUGAUGCCGAAAACCAUAAAGCGGGAAGUUUGGGCGCCGUAUUCAGCGGCAACAUGAAUCAUGUGCUCAGGCAGGAAAACUGCAAGCAUGCUGCCUUGGUUUGGGAG